ACUUGUAAAUUAGCUUUAACCAUGCUUGUUAUAUAUGAUUGUCAUCGAUGGCUUUCUUCAAUAAAUGCAAGCGAGUACUAUGCACUCGCUGAGUACUUGGCUCACUUCUACUCUUGUUCGUUUAUCAUAUUCUGCUCCUUACAUGUCUCAGCAUAUAAAGCAACUUCAGGCAAGACGUAAACUUACCUAAGGCCGGACGUUGUAUUUCUCCGUAAGCAAAUCUACUUGUAACAAGAUGUCUUGUGGGUCAUUGACAUGUCUGUACAACUUUAUACGAUUGUAGCCGAACUAAUACCACAAGAACGUCGGUUGCUGUCUCAAAAAACACUACCAACCAUACACUACUUCGUAAAUAAUACCCUAGCAAAAAGGGGAAAUAAAAGCAAACAUGACUCAAAUGAACGCGACGUCCCUUGGGAUGUAUUGUUAACAAAGGAGGGCGCUAAUUGUUCUCAUUCUUCACCUUCUUUGGGGUUAGAACGUAGAGGACCCUUAUAUGUCACUUUUUGACGGCAUAAAUUCACAGUGAGUACAACCUUCAGCACAAUUUAUCGUAGGUGGAGUGCUGCCCUAGAAACAUCUGUAUUGGUCUUUCAACAACCACGUUGAUUUCAGUUGAUUUUCGCGUUUGUCCUGCACGUUCAGCAUUCCGGAGUUAGUUCUUUUUCAAUAUCCUUCUGUAUUCGUCUAGUCUUCUCCCUAAUUAGCUAGUUCUUGCAGUAGUAGGUUUCUAGUUCUGGUUACUCACUGGGAAAACCUGUACACUACAGCGAUUUUACCUGUUUAGCUUUUAAAUCCAUCCGUUGUGUUCUUGGAGUAUUCCUUAUAUGAGAGUAAGUAGUAUGGCAAGUUCGAAAUCACCUAGUGUCUAUUGAGUAGUAAUUAGGUCUUUUCCACUUACUGUAGGAUUAUGUAAAAACGUUUAAGUCAUCAAGCCUAUUUUAAGGUUAAGCGUGUAGCUCAGGGAUUAAGCAAAUACCCGCUACGUAAUGAUCCUUUGCACUCAUCCCAAGAUAUUAGUCUUCUUCCAAACAGGGGCCUAUGACCUUUAUAUAUUUUUUGGUUUGGAUAUUGCUAAAGUCAUGUGGACAGUUUUAAACAUAAUUUUACCUCACCUUAUGAAAGUUAAUGUCGUCACUGUUUUAAUAACUGGCUUCAACCGAUCAGUAGUGAGCCAGUCUUUAAAAGAUGACUUGCUGUGAUCCUAUGGUCUUUGUAAGUUAAUACUAGUGGGACAAAGAUUUAAUUUUGUAGUUUGUGCUAUUUGCAUAUCCAAUACUCAGUGUGACGCAGCUCUAUUCUUAGGGUUUUUUCAUAUCAGAGACCACUUUAACAGGUUGUUGAUUUCGAACUGAAGUCCACUUACUUGAGCAUCCUCAGCCACUCGCUAUGUUUUGACGUUAUAAGUGUAAAAAAAUGUUGUGUAUUUGAUGAUAAGUUGGCCAGGUAUUAUGUAUAUGACCAUCAAAUUAAUCAGGCAAUGCAGUCAGUUGAGCAUUUAUUCCAUUUUUAAUAUUAACUUAUUUAAAAUCCGGUGUGUAUUUACCAGCGAAAAAAACCAUCCAGUUUAAUUUUUUGAUUAGAUUUUCAUAAAAAUAAUGAUUUUGUUGUUGAGCUUGGAAAGUAGGUAUGUUAGUCUACUUUUCGUCUAAACGGUUCGUCACUACUCGUGUGUAUAUAUACUAUAAAUUUAGAAGUAGGAGUUAAGCGAAUGAACCUCUCAACUGAUCAGCCGUAUGAUUUCACAGAAGCAGCAGAAGAAAUAGAAGUUCUCUCUGCUAUAUAUGAAGAGGACUUUUUUAUCUUGGAGCCUGAGAACAAAGUCUACGAGAUAAGGAUCGACUCAAAAAUGGGUGAUACUACUAGCAAGGAACAAAUUAUCCUGAAAUUCCAGCAAGUCCCUGGCUAUCCUUCGAUCAAUCCAAUUGCAUGCACCUUGGCUCAAGUGUAAUAUUCUUAAUGAACUCGACAAACAGUUGCAGCUUGUAGUCUCGUCUUCACUUGGCUCCCCAGUUGUUUAUUUGUUGGUUGAGACUGUUCGGUCAUUCAUGUGUAAUUAUUUGUCUUCGAGUACUGAAAAUCUAACCGUUCAUAAAGUUGAAGAAUCAUCAUCACAGUCUGUGCCGGAAAAUCACGAACUACCAAGUGCGGUUGUAUCGGUGCCUUCAGUAAAAUCUCAUCUUGACAUAUCUCCCCAAAUUUUGCCAUUUGCUUUAAACUCAAAAGUACCAGAGAUUUAUCAUGGUGAACCGCUUAUAGAUCGUAAAAGCAUUUUCCAGGCUCAUUGUGCACGUGUUUCGACCCGUGGUGAAGUAUCCCUUUUUAUAUCAACACUGCUUACGGAUAGAAAAGUUGCUACAGCUACUCAUAAUAUCCUAGCUUGGCGUAUCUCCUCCAAAGAAGCUGACUGUGAUGAUGAUGGAGAAACACAUGCAGGUGGUCGACUAUUACAUUUACUUACAUUAUCAGGAAUUGAAAAUGUAGCGGUUAUGGUAAGUCGAUGGUAUGGUGGUAUCCAACUUGGACCUGAUCGAUUCAAACAUAUCAACAAUGUUGCUCGCCUUUUAUUAACUGAACAUAAAUUCUUAUCGAAUGCCAGUGACGUUAGUAAUAAUAAUGGUACAGGACAUCAGAAAAAACAUAAACACGACAAAAGAAAAAGAAAUAAAACGACUUGUUUUUCUCUUACAAAAAUUCAUUUAUGUUUCAGUUUUGUAAAAUUGUUUUGUCUUCUACUAUUAUUUCUUUUAUGAGUUUGGAAGAGGCUAGAGGUGGCUAAAUCAAAACAUGUUAUCAGUCUAUGAAAUCUUU